GAGGUGCAGAAACUCCCUUUAUCGCUCUCAGAUUGGAGCACGCGAGAUCUUGCGCUAACUCGUAUUUUUGUUCACUAAAGUGUUGAAAAUAUAGUCAUCCGUCAGAAUAGGAGAGAGAACAAGACAAAUCUUGUACUUCGCGUUUAGAAGUUUUCGUCGCUGGCCAUUUGGGGAUGCCAGCCGUUCGACUUCAUUGCAUUUCAAGACACUGGAAUCCGGCAAACGGACGGCAUAAAAAGCGUACCUCAGUUGUUGAGAAGAAUUUUAAGUUUGGGGUGGGUAGCUACCUAAAUUACAGGGCUAAAACACCACAUUUGUAAAGAGCGAAGAAAAAUGUAUGAAUCCUCUUUUGUGGAAAAAACGUAUCCAUUGAAAACGAGAGGCCAUACCAAUAUCUUACAAUAAGAAACGGCACUCUUUUGACGUAAGUGCGUCACGUGAGCGCAUGAACUGGUCAUUAUUUUAGAUUUGGAAGAGGGCCUUAUCGCCUCACUGGCCGUGUUUUCUUCCAGUCACUAAAACUCUGCUGGUAACAACUGGCUAGUAAUUACACAACAAAUGGGAUGGGGUCGGCGUUUAGCUGACUGCCAGUAGGUGCCAUGCGGGCUCUGAGAGCCAGGUAUUGCAGGGCCGGGAUUAAUACAUAAAUAUAAUACAUUACGAUGGGAUUCCAAAGUACUUCCGUUGAUUGAUCAUUAAUCUGUCCCUUCAAGGCUUCAGGAACCUGCUUUCUUGCAUAAACGGUGUUCAUAAACAGCAUCAUCCCGGUCAGCUUCCAAGAGGCCGUUGGAAAGAGACCGUCACGUGACAUCUGGUGCCAAUGUUCUUCCAGAAGGUCGUCAAGACCCUGGUAGCCGGUUACGCCAAUUCUUUUGGAAAUGCAGAAAACGACCUACUACGACAACUCGACGCUAUUUGGAGGUUACUCGUACCAAGGGGCCAACGGCUUUGGCUAUGAUGCACCCCAACCAGCCUUUCAGUCCUCACCUCACCUCGAAGGCGACUACCAGAGGUCUGCCUGCUCUCUCCAGUCUUUAGGGGGGAACAGUGCCCCUCCGCAGCAGCAUGCCAAGACGAAAGAGUUGAAUGGCAGCUGCAUGCGCCCCAGCCUGCCACCUGAACACCACCCACCCCCCCAAGUGUCCCCCCCCCUCAACCCUGCCAACGCCACCAGCAGCAGCAGUGCCACCGCCCAGCAGCCGGGUGGCAGCGGUGGGGCUUCUAAAUCAGCCCCAAAGACGUCCUCUCUACCCCCCAACCCCACGCUCACCAAGCAGAUCUUCCCCUGGAUGAAGGAAUCGAGGCAGAACACAAAGCAAAAAAACGGCUCUCCAAGCGCAAGUUCAGCUAAUGCGGAGAGCAGCGGUGGCGAGAAAAGCCCCCCGGGUUCAGCUGCGUCCAAGAGAGCGCGCACCGCCUACACGAGCGCGCAGCUGGUGGAGCUGGAGAAAGAGUUCCAUUUCAACCGUUACCUGUGCAGGCCUCGGCGAGUGGAGAUGGCUAACUUGCUCAACCUCAGCGAGCGCCAGAUUAAGAUAUGGUUCCAGAACCGUCGUAUGAAGUACAAAAAAGAUCAAAAAUCGAAAGGGAUGGGCUCUUCUUCCGGUGGUCCGUCGCCAACUGGAAGCCCUCCCCUAUCCCUGCAGUCCUCCGCUGGUUUUAUGAACUCCAUGCAUUCAAUGGCAGGUAGCUACGACGCUCCUUCCCCACCAUCCUUCAACAAGCCCCAUCAGAACGCCUAUGCCAUGUCCUCAGCCUACCAAAACCCAAUGAAAACCUGCCCCGCUCAACAGAAGUAUGCCAACACCGCGCCAGAGUACGACCCGCACGGGCUACAGGGUAAUAGUGGUAAUUACGGAACUCCCAACAUGCAGGGCAGCCCCGUGUACGUGGGGGGGAACUACGUUGAGUCAAUGCCCACCUCCGGGCCGUCUAUGUACGGCCUCAACCACCUGCCUCACCACCAGGCAGGAAACAUGGAGUACAACGGUGCCACGCAGAUGUCAGCCAGCCAACAUCACGGACCGUGCGACCCCCACCCGACAUACACCGAUCUGUCGGCGCACCAUCCUUCUCAGGGUAGAAUCCAGGAAGCACCCAAGUUAACUCAUCUGUAGCAGGUUUGAAAAACAAAACAAACGAAAUGACAACUUCUACUAACUAACCCAUGGGACGCUGCAAUGGGGGUUGAAAUAAAAAGACGAUCCAGUGGUUUGUUAGCCUGUCCAAGCUGUUGUCUAGGUGUUGUCUAACCAUUGUGCGUCACAUUCCCCAUUAUUUCCAUUUUGAUUUACGUUGUACUUUGGCUAAGGAGGGGGCCUCCCCUGAAAGAGAGUAAUGGAGGAGUCGUAGUUGGAUUAAAUGGACAGUUAACAAAGUCCGAGAUUUACCACUUCGAGACCUUUUUGACUCAAUGGAACACAUGUUAUGUCAAUGGAGAAUUGUGUCGCCCGACCGCGUCAGCAAAAUGGCUAAUGUUGACGUCACAUAUCCACAGUAAGGAGAACAUAUCUCCGUCUCAGUAUCGUUGCAAGCAAACCACUGGAUUGUUUUAGAUGACUUCCCUUUCACAUUACCUCUCUUUUGAAAUGCCACACUAACCCACUGUCCUUUGACAUUAUUUUCAUGUCUUUGCCAACAUUGUGUCUCCAAGGAAAUUUUUCACACAGUCCUCCGAGUCCCUUGCACCUCCCUCGGGUCAGAAUUUGGGCUCACACAUUGCUAUGCUAAACUAACAUUCAUACAAACUCAAGGGGACAUAAGCGAUGGUUGUUUUCGUUGGCAUAUCAUCGGCACAGGGUAUAAGAGGAAUUAAAAACUCCUUUAUUUAUGUUAGGCUCCUUGCCUCCUCUCUCUCUUUGUCUCUUUGUCUCUUCUCUCUCUCUCUCUCUCUCUCUCUCUCUCUCUCUCUCUCUCUCUCUCUCUCUCUCUCUCUCUCUCUCUCUCACACUCUAUCUAUCUCUCUCUUUCUCUCUCUCUCUCUCUCUCUCUCUCUCUCUCUCUCUCUCUCUCUCUCUCUCUCUCUCUCUCUCUCUCUCUCUCUCUCUCUCUCUCACACUCUAUCUAUCUCUCUCUUUCUCUCUCUCUCUCACAAACUAUAUCUCUCUCCCUCCCUUAUUCUCUCUUUCUCUCUCUCUCAAUCUAUAGCCUAAGGGUUCACUUACAUUAGCCAACACUAAUGCGAAUAGCCCACAUUUUUUCAUGUCUUGACUUAACGUGGAAACAGGGUAUAUUUGAACAAAAUGCAUGUCCGGGAAAAAAGCGGAAGUGUAAGCUUACACUAAUGCUUUCUCGUCUGGGCAUCAUUGUUGCACUUAGAGUUUACAUUUUGAUGGGUAAGGAAAAAAAUAAAUCUUAUUUUGAAACGGAAGACCUCCAAUCAGUGUCUUUCGCAAUGUGUGUUCAAAUGAACAUCCAUAAAUAUAUAUUUAUUUGUUAUAGCCAGUUUAAAAACUUUCUUUUUUAUUAUUUAUCCCCCAUGUAUUUAUAUCAAGAAAAAAAUGUACUUUUUUAGUAUUUACCUGUUAUAAAGACGUUGUGUUCUUGUCAUUGUAACGAAUUCAUUUUAGUUCUAGUAUUUUAGAAAUAAGUAGUUUUAUGUUACCCUUGUACAUAAAUAAUGUCAUUACUUGUACAGGGGACGCGAGGACGGAAUCAGACCGUUCCUGCAUAGUCGAGAAUUAGACAAUAUAGAUAAACACUUUUUGGAGAACUUCUUUUGUCCUUUGUAGCUCCUUUAAUUUCCUUGUCAAGAGUUGUCUGUUGAGCAAUUCUUUAAUAAAAUGUUAUGUUAUUCA